UGUCCCUCAGGUGCCACACCUGUCCCCACAGCUGCCCAAGGAACAGGUGCUGAAGCUCUACAGGACGAUGACGCUGCUCAACACCAUGGACCGGAUCCUGUACGAGUCCCAGCGCCAGGGCCGGAUCUCCUUCUACAUGACCAACUACGGCGAGGAGGGGACGCACGUGGGCAGCGCCGCCGCGCUCGACGCCUCCGACCUCGUCUUCGGGCAGUACCGGGAGGCAGGUGUGCUGCUGUACCGCGGGUACCCGCUGGAGCUGUUCAUGGCGCAGUGCUACGGCAACGCGCGUGACCCCGGCAAGGGGCGGCAGAUGCCGGUGCACUACGGCUGCCCCGAGCGCCACUUCGUCACCAUCUCGUCCCCGCUGGCCACGCAGAUCCCGCAAGCCGUGGGCGCGGCCUACGCCAUCAAGCGCGCGGACGCCAGCCGGGCGGUGGUCUGCUAUUUCGGGGAGGGGGCGGCCAGCGAGGGCGACGCUCACGCCGGCUUCAACUUCGCCGCCACCCUCGAGUGCCCCGUGGUCUUCUUCUGCCGCAACAACGGCUACGCCAUCUCCACGCCCACCUCGGAGCAGUACCGGGGCGACGGGAUCGCGGCGCGGGGCCCGGGCUACGGGCUGCUCUCCAUCCGCGUGGACGGCAACGACGUCUUCGCCGUGUACAACGCCACGAGGGAGGCGCGGCGCCGCGCCGUGGCCGAGAACCAGCCCUUCCUCAUCGAGGCCAUGACCUACCGGAUCGGGCACCACAGCACGAGCGACGACAGCUCGGCGUACCGCUCCGUGGACGAGGUGAAUUACUGGGACAAGCAGGAUCACCCCAUCUCCCGCCUGCGGCACUACAUGGCGCGGCGCCAGUGGUGGGACGAGGCGCAGGAGAAGGCCUGGAGGAAGAAUUCCCGAAAAAUGGUGCUGGAGGCGUUCGAGCAGGCGGAGCGCGAGCCGAAGCCGCCGCCGCAGCUGCUCUUCUCCGACGUCUACCGGGAGAUGCCGCCGAGGCUGCGGCAGCAGCGGGAGCAGCUGGAGCGGCACCUGGAGACCUACGGGGAGCACUACCCGCUCCAGCAGUUCCAGAAGUGAGCCCGGAAUUCCCGGGAAUUCCGCGGAAUUCCGGCAGGAAACCCCCGGGAAUUCCCUGAGCAAUCCCAAAUCCACCGCGUUCUGCCCAAAAUCCGCUCCAAUCCCACCCAAAAUCCACCUGGAGCCCCCUGGGGAGCACUACCCGCUCCAGCAGUUCCAGAAGUGAGCCCGGAAUUCCACGGAAUUCCGUGGAAUUCCGGCAGGAACUCCCGGGAAUUCCCUGAGCAACCCCAAAUCCACCGCAUUCCACCCCAAAUCCACCCCAAAUCCGCUCCGAUCCCACCCCAAAUCCACCUGGAGCCCCCAGGGGAGCUUCUCCCGAUCCCAGAAUCCCCGGGAAUUCCACGGAAUUCCGGCAGGAAUCCCUGGGAAUUCCCUGAGCAAUCCCUGGGAAUUCCCUGAGCGAUCCCUGGGAAUUCCCUGAGUGAUCCCUGGGAAUUCCCUGAGCAAUCCCUGGGAAUUCCCUGAGCGAUCCCUGGGAAUUCCCUGAGCGAUCCCCAGGAAUUCCCUGAGCGAUCCCUGGGAAUUCCCUGAGCAAUCCCUGGGAAUCCCCUGAGCAAUCCCUGGGAAUUCCCUGAGCAAUCCCCGGGAAUCCCCUGAGCAAUCCCUGGGAAUCCCCUGAGCAAUCCCUGGGAAUCCCCUGAGCAAUCCCUGGGAAUCCCCUGAGCAAUCCCUGGGAAUCCCCUGAGCAAUCCCCGGGAAUUCCCUGAGCGAUCCCUGGGAAUUCCCUGAGCGAUCCCUGGGAAUCCCCUGAGCGAUCCCAAAUCCGCCCCGAGUCCAGCCGGAGCUUUUCCCGAUUUCUCCAGCGACGAUCCCGGAAUUCCCGGGGUUCCCGGAAUUCCCCGAGCACUCCCGAGUCCAGCCGGAGCUUUUCCCGGGAUUCCCGGAUUUUCCCCCCAAAAUCCCAAUAAAAUCCAUUUUGGAGAGGA